CCUGGCCUCCUUCACGCCAGAGCACCCUGAAGUCGUCUUUGACUGGCCUUGAGCCAAAGAAGUCAGUCUUCAGUGUGAAAAAGCUUCCGCUUCCCAGAUGUAGUAAAUAACUAACUUGUAGAAAGUAGUAUAUAAAAAUGGGAGUCUUCUGCCGAAUUGUUUUGGUUUCAGAAAGUUACGGAAUGUUUUCAAGUGGAUUAGACUCAGACUUGUGGGAAGAGUGAGACUUUGAGGAGAAUGUGCUAGAAACGGUAAUACUUGCAGUUGCAUUCUGGACUGUUAUUAGGCCUUUUAUAUUGUGUGUCCAACCUAGGAGAAAAUCAGCUGCUGUGCAGAGUGUAUAUUUGUCAGAGGAGGUGGGAAGAUUUAGAUGAAACUAAUUCCGAGGUUGAAAGUGAAUGACUGACUAACUGGGAAGGGAGCCUUCUGGGGUGCUGGUCUGUGCAGCUCCGGGCCUGUCCCAAUUUCCAACCCUAGAGGCACACCUAAAGAUCUCUGGGCUGCUCUGAUGGCUGCUUCACGGUGCGACUGUGAGGCUUAAAUAAGAUGUGUGAAAGUACUUUGCACAAUGCCUAGAACAGGCUCUCAGGUUUUGGUUGCCCUUUGCUUCCCCAUAGCAACUUUUUUCCCCUCUGAGCUAUGUGUUACUGUGUAUUAUUGGUUGCCUUUAGUAUAAGUCCUGCCUUUACCACAAGACUGUAAUCUUCUAGCAUUCUUUUUUGGUUUGUUUUUACCCUUUUUGAGUCCCUUCUAGCAGUGCAUUGCCCAUAGCAGUACCUGGGAGAGUAUGGAUAGUGGUGAUGCUGAGGAGGGGAAAGCUGUGGGUGAUCCGUAAUGGGACAGCAUCCUGCUGGAUCCUGGAGCCGAGAUAAACCAGCUUUUCUCAUCUAGCCCUUUUUGAAAAUCUGAUGGCAGCUUUGGAUCUUCUUUCUAGAAAAAUUCACUUAUGCACAUACACAUAAUAUUGCACACAACUUCGGAAGUGGCUUCUAGGACCUACUGGAGCCUAUCUUCUAGCAGUCCGUGGACUCCACGGACUCCAAGGGAAGAAUGCAGACGAUCAAAUGUGUGGUUGUAGGAGAUGGGGCUGUAGGUAAGACUUGCCUCCUCAUCAGUUACACAACAAAUGCCUUUCCUGAGGAGUAUAUCCCCACUGUCUUUGACAACUAUAGCACCCAGACAUCUGUGGAUGGCCAAAUCGUCAGCCUGAACCUGUGGGACACAGCUGGCCAAGAGGAGUAUGACCGACUGCGAACGCUCUCCUACCCCCAGACCAAUAUCUUUGUCAUUUGUUUUUCCAUUGGCAACCCAUCCUCUUACGCCAAUGUGAGGCAUAAGUGGCACCCAGAGGUCUCCCAUCAUUGCCCCAAUGUUCCUGUUCUGCUGGUAGGCACCAAGAGGGACCUACGGAGUGACCUUGAGACAGUGAAGAAGCUAAAGGAACAGAGCCUAGUGCCCACAACGCCUCAGCAAGGCACUUCCCUGGCUAAGCAGGUGGGGGCUGUGAAGUAUCUGGAAUGUUCAGCCCUGAUGCAGGAUGGAGUACAUGAGGUAUUUUUGGAAGCUGUCCGGGCUGUGCUUUACCCUGCCACAAAGAAAAACACCAAGAAGUGUGUCCUGUUAUAGCUUUUGGGGUGCUACUUGGGGACUGCACCUAAGGAGAAUAAGGGCGGAUUCUUCUGACAGCAUUUAACAAUGCCAGUAUGAGCCAUUUGUCUCUUCUCCUGGAAACCUUAGACUCCAGGUUAUUCGGCUUUUGGAGGAACAAAAGCAAGCUAGUUUGUACAAGGCUACUUUGAAGUUUGGUCAGAACCUUUUGGAGGAAGUUUGAGUGUGAGGGUGUGGGUGUGGGUGUGCAUGUGCGUGUGCAGGCAUCUCCCUUGUGAAAGGGGUAAGAGGAGAUACCACCAAGUGCUAUUCUUUUCUGUCCUGGCCAGGCCACGACUAAACAGAGCAGCCUCGUACUGCUCUUUGUACGCUUUUGCUUGUCUGCUUUUAACUUUAAUUUCAGCUUUCCUGGCUGUAUCUGCCAUUGAGCAAGUGCCUCACAGAAGGACAAGUUUCUCCAGUUUUCAGAUCAUUGUCUUAAAUUUUCUGAUAUAUUAAUUUUUGAAAACUAUAUUAUGUGUGAUUCCUGGGUGUUCCCAAUGUUGACACGUUCUUCCCAUUCUUGAGAUGAGACAUUUUUGCAAAAAUGGUUAAGCAGUAUUUUCCAAAGUUCUUUGAGAUGGUAAUAGAUGUUCCUUAAAAGGGUUCUGUGGUCAAAUAAGUCAGGAACCAGUGACUUAAAUAAAGUUCAACAGGUUCCUCUAGUGCAGGAAUUUAUAACUUUUAAUAAGUAUUCAACAUUUCCCAAGCUUAUUUCACUGAAAUUUUUUUGGUCCCAUGCCACACCUAUUAACAUCUCUGGAAACAGUUUCAGAGAUGCUGGAAUUUCAGAGAACUAGGAAUUCCUGUGGAGGAGGCUGUGAAAAAAAAAAGCAUAACAUGAUCAUGUGCUUUCUGAUGUUUCCCUCUUCAUGCCUUUGAGAGGAAUGUUUAGCAGCCAUGGCCUUCUUAUUUGUUCCUCUUCCAUCCUCAGGAGGUGGGUGUGGGACUUAGUCAUGAUAGUGCAUUGGGUAUGGGAUCUGAUGGUCAGAUCUGCUAUCAGAUUCUGACAGCAUUAUGGGCCUGGUGAUGUGGAAUUAACAAUCCCUCCAAAAAGCUAUGUCUCUGAGGCUUCUGUGUGGCCCUUUUUUCUCCCUGUCACCUUUCACUUUAGGGAAAGACCACUGAAGGUUAACCCUCUAGAUAAAACCAAUCAAACAAACAAAAUGUCCUGCCAGUCAUUGUCAGGGAGUUCUGUGAUUGCCUCUGAGACUUCUCUUUUGCUGUCAUUCCUCUGAGUCACUAUGAAGGCUACCUUGCUCUCCUCCUGUUCCUCCCUCCUCUGUACAUCUCCCUGUGUGUGUGUUCAGCCCUAGGUACCCCUUGAGUCUUUUAGUUGCUCCAAGAGAGCUGGAGUAUGUUGAAUCUCCAGGCGCUGGGGCUCUUGCCCUUGUGGGGAGUUUGCUGUAGCUGCUCAGCCUGCUCUGGGACACUAGGAGUCAGAUUCCAUAUUCCAGUGUGCCAGCUUCUCCCGCUUCUCCCUAGUUGUGUUUUUUACCUUCUUCAUUUAAUAUGGAAGGAAAACUUACUUCUCCACCUGGCAGACAGUGGUUGACAACUCCACCAUGCACAUAUCCUCUCACCUUGCCAAAACAGCAUUGGAUUUUCAAGUGUUUGGGAAAUGGAACUAACAGGAUCACAUACUUCCGCCUGUGGUGGGUGAAGUGUCUGUGCUUUGCUCUGUGACAGUCUUGCUGUUGCUCUUUGACAAGAUGUGAUGAGAAUAGCUUCAGGCUAACUGAACCUCCUGGAUAGGGUUGCCAGAUAAAAUACAAUAAGUUUUUACAAAUAGUUUUUUAGUAUAAGUAUGUCCCAUGCAAUAUUUGAGACAUACUUAUACUAGUAAAUUAUUUGCUGUUUUGAGGUGUCCUGUAAUUUUAUUUGCUAUAUCUGGCAACCCUACUCUUGGAGAAUCUGGAACUUGGAAGUCAAGCAGAUAUCAAGUAUUGAUAGAAGAUAAAAGGUUAUAUAGACUCUCUAUUCUUCCUCCUUUACUUCUUUUUCCCUCACCGUGGAGUAAAGUGUUCUGUUUUUCCUUCAUCACUGCACCCUCCACAUCACACAGUACUUCGUUGGUAUCUAUUUCUACACUGUUGAUUGUUUAAAGCUGUGGAGGAUCCAGGAUGGAUAGUAUGGUCCAGCAUAUGCCAUCUAUCUCAAUUUCAAUGUCUCGUGUCUAUUUUCCGACAUGUAACCCAUGGCCUCCUGAGGGAGGUGGCAGGGAUUCUGUAUGAGUAGUGUGUUAACCGGAAGAGGGUGAGGGUGGCCCUCCUCAAGUAAGGCCCAGUAGCACUUUGGAAAGUGGGGCUGCUCCUCUGGUGACUGUAGCAGUCAGCUGGCCUGUGGGCAUGCAUGCUCACUGCCCUUGUGUGGAGUCACUGAGUCUCCCACAGGCAGCCAAAUGAAAGCACGCACUGCGCAUGUGGAUUCUGGUCUCGGGAUGUUCUGAUUGAUGCUGCCUGGGGUGCUCACAAGGCUUCAUGGUUGAAAGGGGCUAGAAACAUAGCUGUCACCUGUGUCUCUGGGAAUGUUUUGUUUAGCUACUGAAAUCUUUUUAAUUGGCUUUUAAUUUAAUAGUGCCUCCUGCUCCCCCCUUGCCUGGCAAAUUCCAAAAUGUAACUCUGGGUUUGGUUUUGGCAAAUUCAUGUCCUCUAAUAAAUGGAGGUAUGAUCUACAAGUCUGAGAGAGUGGUUUUGUAUUGGACUGAUUUGAUGGUCCUAGGCAUACACUGACAUCUUGAUUUUUAUACUUAAAAGGAAUUUGUACGAAGACUAACAUGUUAAUAUCACUUUUAAAUUAUUCGUAAUGAAUGUUAAUAAACUUUUCUGAUUUUA